AUGAACGUUUGUCUGAUUGGUUUGCUGAUUUUGUUAUACGUGUUCAACGGACUACACGCUAGCAAGGUACCGUACGUAAGGUUUUCAAAUAUUGACAUUGUAUGCAUUUUUGGUUUAAACUAUUAUUAUUAAAACUUUAUUUAAACACGGAAUUCAUUCACAAUAUAUGCUCUUCCAUGCAGCCUUGUAGUUCGAUAGAUAUUUACAAAGUAAUUCAAAUAAAACUAGUUUACCCACAGGGUAGUGAAUGCUGCCUUGGUAUAGCAUUGUUCCCAAAUCUCUAAAUGAGAUUUUUUGUAUGUUACGUAACACGCGCUCAAAACUAAUGGCGAACGCACCGCGUAUAAUGGCGAAAGCACCACGUAUAAUGCUCGAACCACUGCGUAUAAUAGCGAAACCACCGCGUAUAACGCUCGAACCACUGCGUAUCGACAAAAUGCCGUUUGAUCACUUACGCCAGCUAUGGGCUUUCCAUAAAAGAAAACCAAAGAUGAAAGAUGAUCACAUUGCUUGUUUGCUUUAUGCCUGUUUAUUAGGCAAGAAUAGCCUGCCGGCCCGGAAGCAGUGCAUUGUGGUAGGCCGAAAUACGUCGAAACGAUCGAGAUUUCAUCUGCCUUAUAUAUAUAUAUAUAUAUACAUAUACAUAAAGAUUAGGUUGGCUGCCUCUCUCGCUCGCUCGCUACGGCAGCAAUGAGCGCAGAAGCCCUGGGUACGAGAUUGAAUGUUUUUGAAAGUUGCUGCAAAAGCAUCCUCGGGCGAGGGCCGCCCGAACUGGGGACGAGGAUGCUACAAAAUUACAAAAAUAUAUAACAGUUUUUAAUCCAGUCCCCCCUCGGCCUCUCCUCCGCAGAGGCACGGCAGAGGCUUUAGUUGUCUUAGGAUUUAUUACGAUGAGAUACAUUUCACUAUACUUUACAUGUCCGCUCGUGUUCCAAGAUCCGCAAUGUAAAGUGUAGUGAAAUGUAUCUCAUCGAAAUAAAUCCUAAGACAACUUGACGUCCGUGUUGACAUAAAUGCUAUUAUUACUGAAAUUCUCACCUACAUUUUUUAGGUAGUUACGUCCCUACCAACGAGAGCUUUGACAUUUAUAUAUAUGCAUUUUAAAUUCUCCACUUUGUCCCUACAUACCAGAUAAGUUUAUUACUCCGACCGUCGGUAAGACGGAGUUUUAAAAUGAGGCGUUUUCUGGGGUUUUUUUAUUUUGUUUUUCAACUUUAAACAGGCUGACCAUUUUGUCAGAAAAGAAGGUUAUUGUAUGUGGUAUGGACAGUGCGGAAUAAACCCUUUGACAAACAAACCUGUGAACUGCCUAUACAACGGACCAGCAAAGCCAGUCGCCGACCAAGGAUCUCAUGAAAUCUUGGAGAAAUUAUGCCCAGAACUUUUACUGUCCAGUGGCAAAGUGUGCUGUGAUCAUGAUCAACUUGUCAGCCUACAGUCUGGUAUAAAAAGCGCCCAGCAAAUAAUGGCCCGCUGUCCUAGCUGUUGGAAAAAUUUCCGAGAGUUAAACUGUCGGUUGACAUGCAGUCCUAACAAUUCAAUGUUUGUAAACCCCACAGAACUGAGUGCUGAUGAAAAAUCUAUUCUAGCUAUAGACUAUUCUGUCGCUAAAGCUUUCAGAGAUGGAUUGUACGACUCCUGUAAAAAUGUUGCAUUUCCGGAUGCUCAUAAGAAAAUCAUGAAUUACAUGUGUGGUACCAGGGUUGAAAAAUGUACCCCAUUGAAAUUCCUAGACUUCAUGGGUAACCCUGAACUCAACGGAGUAUCUCCGUUUUUGAUCAACUACCCAGUGACGGCGAAGGCUGGUAUUAAGCCAAUGAAUGCGACCAUAACAUCAUGCAAUGAAUCGUUCUAUGACCCCGUCAGCAAGUCAACAAUGCAGGCAUGUGAUUGUCAGGACUGCAUAGAGUCGUGCAAGCACCCAUUUCCUGUCAAGUUGACGGAGUAUUUGGCGGCAAAGAUUAUAUUUUCACUCAAGCCUGAUAGUGAGUUAAAUCAACGAACAUGUUAUAAAAAUUUCUUUAUGAAGGAUUGUGCACUUACUGGGACCAUAUUGCGGUUGGACUUACUGAAAAUUGUAUGUAAAUGUUACUUCUUUUUUUGUGUAUUAAUUAGUACCUGACUUUAUAGCAAACAUACUUGCAGGGAGGUGAGUCUGGGAUUGGACGCACCGAGGGUGGCUGGAAGUGUGAGUUCGGGAAACUUCCAGCCACCCGAGGUGCGUCCAAUCCCGGACUAACCUCCCUGGAAGUAUGUUUGGUUUUUAUCACAAGCCAUUUCGGUAAAAUACUAAAAAGUACUGAAGAAUUUUAUACGCAUUUUACUUUUUAGUAUAGAAUUUCGUGUUUGGAUAACGAACAUUUUAGCCACCAACAUAGUACGCAAACAAACAAACUUAGGCUUAAAUUAAAGCUUCUCUACAAUAUUCCCUUAUUCUUGAAAAGAGAAAAUGAACACAUUCUGCGAAAACAUUGCCAAGAUUUAUAUAAAGUGCCCGUGCCGAACAAAUUUCGGCGGCCAUCUUUCUUCUCUUCCACUUUGAAUACAGAAUUAAUAUUCCAUCUUCAUAAAAAAAAAAUAAAAAAUAAUAAUUAUAAAACAAUUAAAAACAGUUAAUUUAUUUUUUAUUUACAUUUUCGUCGGAAAUUUGUACAAAUCGCUUCAUAAUGGCUAACCCGCCACCGAAACAUCGAUCUUGAACCCUCCUAAACUGCAUGCGACAGCGGUGGGUUCGAGAUUGAACGCAUCUCCUCGUAUGAGAUAAGUAUGUAAACUCACGUUGUAUAUAUCGAGCGUGCAUGCUAUUGAUAUACACGCGUAAAAUCUCACAACUUGUCAACAAAAUGUGUUCGCAACAGGCUUGUACCAAGCUUGUCAACAAGUUGUAACAAUGUUGUUAUUUUAUUUUAUUUUAUUGGAACAACUUGUAACAACUUCACAAGCUGUCGACAAGUUGUGUUCGCACUGCUUGUUCCCAGUUGUUGUAACAGGUUCUGAACAAGCUGUCACUGACAACUUGUAACAAGCUGGAUGGCAAUAUCAGACUUGUUACAAGGUUGUUGUGACAAGUCUGAUAUACAAUCAUGAUAUAACAAGUAUGUUACAAGGUUGACGACACAAGGUUGUAACAAUACUGUUAUAUCAUGACUGUAUCAGACUUAGUCGCAGGCUAUAUCGAUCGGACUUGUUUGGACAACCUUGCAACCAGUCCGAUAAUAUCAACAAGGUUAGUGUUACAAGUUGUUACUCUCGAUUUCAAUUUGCUUUUAAAAACUGACUUCCAAUAUUUACUUGUAAAUUCGAAAUGUUCGUUGUAAAGUUCCGAAGUUUGUUUCGAAGUUCGUUCCGAUGAUUUACGAUAAUCAAGUUUAGUAAGUUGUAAUUGGCUAGUUAAGUGAACCAGCCAAUCAAAUCGCUUGCUAUUAAAUCAUCGUAAAUCAUCGUAACGAACUUCGAAACAAACUUCGGAACUUUACAACGAACAUUCCGAAUUUACAAGUAAACAUUGGAAGUCAGUUUUGAAAAGCAAAUUGAAAUCGAGAGUAGCAGCUUGUUUCAAACUUGUUGACAAAUUGGGACAAGCAGUGCGAACACAACUUGUUGACGGCUUGUUGGCAGACUUGCUACAAGAUGUGAGAUUUUUGCGUGUGUUGUAGGAGGUUGUCAACAAGCCGCUGACAACUUGUCAACAAGCUGGGUACAAAGCAGUGCAAACACAUCCUGUUAACAAGUUGUUGGAACACUAUUGUUUCUAUUGUAGGUCUUAAAAGUGCAGGCUCACUUGAUGAACAUGUCUGUGAUUCCAAAGACUGGCUCAAAGAAUAUAACUCUUGCAGACUUUUGUAUUAAAUCUUCAUCUAACAACUGUAUAGUGAUGAGUGUGCUUCAAUAUUGGCAAAAUGACAUCAAGAAAUUAAAUAAAUGCAUUGAUGCGUUGACUGGCAAACAAUGCUCCUCACAAUAUGAUCCGAAACUCGCUGCUUGGGGUGAUCAUCUUAAAAUAUGCACAGAGUAAGUAAAAUCUUUUGAAUGUUAUUUUUGAAAAAAAUUAUUCCCCCCCUCCCGGGAUUUCUAAUGGUCCGCCCCUUAAGUAAAAUUGAAGCCAAGAAUAUUCUAGCGGUUACACCAAUUUGAAUAGAUGGCGGUCAUGUUGGAGUUUCCCACUCGCUAAUAAACGCUUAAAAAACAACAAUAACUUUCAUCAUUUGAACAGUUUGAAAAUGUAUUUGGAAUAGGUUUAACUUAAUGUUUAAGUUCCCUGUUUAAGAAAUAGAAAACAUACGAGUCUUCUCAUUUCAUGGGAAUAUCCUGAGUCUGCAAUCACGGCUUCAAUUUUUGAAUUACAGAAUAAUUAGAUCAUUUAGAUGCACUAUCUAGUGUAUAUAAGAUGUCUAUGUUCUCGAGCAGCAAACAAACUUAAUUAAAACAUAUGUUUGGCUGCGUGCUUUAUCUGUAAAAUUGUGCUAAAAUGCAGAGCUUUUAGUAGCCUCUUCCGAUAGAGGUUUUAGCCUGCGAAUGGGUGAGUUGGGAAAUGAUUUUAGAUAUGGUAUGCCAAAGAGAAAAUGAAAUAAAGCGAAAAACAAAAUAAUUUUGAGAGGAACGCCAAGGGCAAAUUGAUUAAAUUUUGCUUAAAUUUGGAUGCAACUGGAUGAAAAAUUAGCAAAACUGAAUGUUAUGUAAUUAUUAGCAUUUUCCCUUGCGAUAGUAACUUCUAGUAUAUAUCAUAUAAUCGCGAUACAUUCUACAGUAACAGCCUAACAGGCCAGUAAUUAACUAGGAUUUUAGAUUUACCGAGUCGAGUCGUCGGGGCAAUGCUAAAAAAAAAAAUGGAAAAAAAAAUGAAAAUGAAAAAAAAAAGAAAAAGAAAAUGUUUGAUUUUCUAAGGCUUAGAAACGCUAUUUCCUGCAUUCUGGGAGCAGUUCUAACAAAAAAUCAGUAAUGAUAAACAGUGACACAAUGACUAGAAUUUCAUAGUCUUCCUGGAUUCUGGGAACAGUUUUAAGAAAAAAUCAAUCUCGUAAACAGUGACACAAUGACUAUAAUUUCAUAGUGUGUCUCACAAUUGUACUACAAGUGUCCAAUCAUAAAAAUUCAAGUACUCUUGGUCCAACAAGAUCAGGUGCAUAAUAAAAAACGUGUUUGUGGUAAUAUUUGGGACGCUAAUUCGUACUUGUGCCCAUCAUCAGAAAUUGAAUAAAUUUCAUUCAGGAUCUGUUUUCUCUAAACUUGAAGACUUCCUGUUUUGCGUUUUUUCCACAAAAAAUCUUACUGAGUCAACAGUUGACUCAUAGCUAGUUACAGGCCUGGUUUAUUUAUUUUUAUUUUUCUAUAGCGAUCCAUCCCUAACUGACGACCGUACAGCGCUACAUCUCUCUUGUAUAAGUUUAUACGGUGAUCCAGUUUACCCGCCUCAAGUAUUGGGCGGAUAUGAAGGGAAAAAUUACACCGACGCAAGUCUACUUUUCGUUACUUUUGCCAUCAAAAAGCACCCGAAUGAAAUGGAAAUUGAAAAAGCGAAGACUUGGCAAGAACAGUUUGUCGAAUAUGUGAAAAAAUUCUACGAUGAAGACUUACAGUUGGCUUAUGUUCCCAUCGACCUCUGA